CCACCAGCAUGAACAACAGCAGUGACUCUGGGACCUGCCUGCCUAUUGCUCAACACAUGUCUAUCCCUGUGCUCAUGUGCCUGGUUUACUUUAUGGGAUUCCUUUUGAACUUCUUCAGCCUGUGGAUCUUCUGCUGCCGUAUGUCGUCAUGGAGCGCUGGGACCAUCCUGCAGUUCUGCCUGGCUCUAAGUGAUGCCCUGGGCACUCCUGUCACUCCACUCAUAGCUGUGUACUUUGCCAUGGGUAACAACUGGCCAUUUGGAACAGUGGUGUGCACGGUCAAGAUUGCCCUCCUGAGCUCCCAGUUCUACGGCAGCGCUAUUUUCCUCACUCUGAUCAGCUUUCACAGAUACAAAGCCGUAGUGCACUUCAACAAGAGCUCCAGAAUGAAAAACAAAAGCUUCAUCAAGAAGCUGUGUGCUGGAGUGUGGCUCUUUCUGAUAGCGCACUCAUUGGUUUACUUUGUUGCUAUUCCCUCCACUAAAGUAGGAAAAGUUACACAAUGUCUCAGCUUCAGCCAGAGUUCUCUGACAAACUCUUUCUUCACCAUUGGCUGUGUCCUCGUCUCAGUUGGCUUCCUGCUUCCUCUCAGUAUCUCUGCCACAUGCUAUUUUCAAAUCAAAAAUGCUCUCACUCGUUUGAACAACAUCACAACCAAAAGUCUAAAAGUCAAACUCAAAUCCCAGCGAAUGAUCCAAAUGUGCCUUAUCAUAUUUGGCAUCUGCUUCCUGCCCAUGAAUGUGACCCGCACUGCAGCAAUAGUGAUUAUAAAGUUCUAUCCUGAGCAUUGCCACAUGGUCCAUCAUGUCCAGACUGCGUACUAUGCUUCAUGGAUUGUAGCUGGACUGAACUGCUGCCUGGACCCAGUGCUCUACUAUUUUGGGUCACAGAACUUUAAAGAUGCAUUUCCUUCUUUCAAAGCCAAGCCAGCAGAGCCUCAGCAAAGUGAUACAGAAAUGACACCAAAUCUCAUGUAG